ACCGGGCCCCAGUGAACAACCACAUUGUUAUACGGAAAAAACGCGACCGAUACAAUGCAGUGGUCAUUUGUGCUACUAAUUACAACGUGCGCUAUUAGCGUGCUAUCAUCGCCAGCCCCUCCAUGUUCCACUAACGGUGCCUUCUUUGCCGACGAUGAUUGCACGAAGUACUGGAGUUGCGCCAAUGGAAUUGCCUACGAGUUCUCUUGUCCAGCUACUUUGAACUUCAAUCCGUCUAGUGAUGUUUGCGAUUAUGCUGCCAGUGCAGGAUGCACUGGGAAGGGCUGGGAUGACCCUACUGAACCGCCUUUGGUACCAACAGAUGCUUCUACUCCAGCUCCAGACACUCCUUCUACUGCAACUUCUCCUGUAGCUCCAGAUACUCCUCCUGCAACAACUUCAAGUCCAGCUCCAGAUGCUCCUUCUACAGCACCUACAGCACCUUCUAGUCCACCUCCAGAUACUCCCCCUCCAACAACUACUCCUGUAGCUCCAGACACUCCUUCUACAACAACUACUCCUGCAGCCCCAGAUACUCCCUCCACAACUUCUACUACAGCUCCACGUACUCCUUCUACAGCACCUUCUAGCCCACCUCCAGAUACUCCUCCUUCAACAACUACUCCUGUAGCUCCAGACACUCCUACAACAACUACAACUUUAGCUCCAAAUACUCCGUCCACUACUACUAGUACGACUACAACACGGCCGUCUACUGAAUCUUCUUCAGUCAUACCGCCAGUAGAUCCCACAUCUGCUCGUCCCUAUAUUCCCUGCUGGUUGUACUGGUGGGAACCCUGCUGGGACCCUCACCACCAUUGAGCCGUGAGGCAGCAACCCACAUGCAUCGUACUCAGGGAUUUUGUCAACUUGCUAGAUUUGAUUAAAUUAUUUUUCUUGUA